GUAAGUGAUUUCUCCUGGAGUCAUGAUGGCCGAAUGGCUCUGAUCUGCUAUAAGGAUGGCUUCGUCCUAGUAGGCUCUGUGACCGGUCAACGCUAUUGGUCAUCUCUGCUUGACCUGGAUGCUAAGCUGCUAUGUGGGGCAUGGGCACCAGAUGAUAAACAGGUUUUGUUAGGUACGUCCAAGGGGGAAAUCGUCGUGAUGGAUAUCCACGGUGCCUUGGUGACUCAGUGUAACCUAGCAACGGAGCGCCCCCUCAAGGCGCUGCUCUGGUCCUCAGAGAAAUUUCGGAUGGUUAACAUCGGGGACUGCGAAGGGGACGAGCGAAAGAAGAGGAAAGUAGGCAGUGAUAAGCGGAAUCGUAAUAAAAGGAAGAGUCCAGUUAUGGCUGUAGACCUGGGUGACGGCGAGAUCCAGCUGAUGAAAAGUCACGAUGAUCUCACUCCUAUAUGCGUCAAGACUGGAAUGACCGCAGCUGUAAAGAUGGAGUGGAGUGGUUGCGGGGGCUUCCUGGCCGUGGGUGGCACGCAACCUGUUGAGAGUAUCAGCGCCGUCAAGUUCUACGAUACCACGGGACAUCUACGCUUCACUCUCAAUAUUCCAUCUCAGAGACCACUCUCCGCGUUGACUUGGGGUCACAACGACCAGCGACUCUUUGUUGCAUGCGGCUCCAUCCUCCACGUGGCAUGGAUCGAGAAGGGCGUGGCCCCUCUGCAGGUGCUAUGUCGGGAGGUGAUCACUCCUCUCACCAAUGAGGAGAAGCUGAUCACCAAACUUCCCUUGCCUCUAAGACUCAGAAAUUAUGUCUCUGAGAGAUUGUCUCUGACAAUUAAGGGAUGCAUUCCAGAUCCAGCCAAACUCCGAGAGUUUGUCAGUCAACCACCACCAGGCAAUGAAAGACUGCACUGCACGAUGGUACGGACAGAGUUCGACUCAAGAACUGGUAGUCCAUGUUUCACCCUCUUUCUGGAGUUCCUAGGAGGACUUGUCCCCCUUCUGAAGGGGAGAAGGAUAAGCAAGCUUAGACCGGAGUUUGUGAUCUACGAUCCCAAGACAAUACCAAAGAGUAAUGAGGACGAUGCCGGCGUCCCAACCUUCAUGAGUUCAGACGACAGCUCGUGCUCGGACGACAGCGAUGAGGAUCUGAUGUGCAACAUGCGACGAAAGACAGACAACCGCAACAGCAGCAGUAGUCCCAAGCCUAGGGAAAGUACACAAAGUGCAUCAGACUCGCCAAGACUGAAGGAGAAGGAAUUUGAUAGCUUGUUUCUAGAUAGUUUACCUGAACGCAAUCCCCUGGUGGAAGUCACAUCUAACAUCUGGGGCACCAAGUUCAAGAUCCAUGGCCUGGCUGAAUUCCUGCCAGCCAACCUCGGCCAGAUCAACUACAGGACAAGCUUACUACAUCUACAACCGAGGCAGAUGACCAUUGCUCUGGUGGAACUCAAACCCGAGUUCCUGCGCAGUCGGCAGGAAGAGGACUCUGACUUUGAUCCUAAUGUCUUCAGUGAAGACGACGAUGAUGUUCAAGAUGUAGUGAAGAGUCCCCCUCUUGCCAAAGCAGCAGCAGCACCAAUUGCCCCGAUGACAUCGACCAACAGGAGCUUCUCAGAUACAGUAGAUUCAAACAACCACAAUCUCGUCAGUGAACUGACCCAACAAAGCAACGUUGAAAGUCAAACUGUUGACGAGGGAGAGACCGAUUCCAUUCCGCUUUUGGCAGAAACCACUCGGGAGGAAUACGCUCAACAAGGCGCUAUCCCAAAACAGAGACUGGUCUCGCAAGGAAGGCGAAAAAUCGAAUCGGAAUGUGGGACGACGAGCUUAGCCGGUGGUCGCACGGGACCGCUGGAUGUUGUAACGGACGUUCGGUUGAUGAACGGCGGAGCGGAAGCGCUAGACGAGGGAAUUAUCUUACCAUCCGAUGUACAAGGCGAGGAGGAGCUACAGACUGAUUUGCCGCGAUGGGCGGACACAGCUCCAAGACAUCCACGGCCAGGACAUUUAUGUGACGGUCCAGGUAGUAGUAGUCAGUCACCAAAGAAGAUGGCUCGGAGAAGAGAACAUUAUGAAUCAAAUGGUCACGGGACGGUGAAAGACACCGAUGUGACAUUAGCGAACGGAGUCAGACAUGUAGCAAUAAUGAAUGGUAGUCCUCAGAUAGAUAAAAUACGUAGAGCACCUAUAAGUGUGAAUGAACCAGAUCUUGACUCGUCAGAGCCAGUGAGGGCGCCCUCCCCCAAGCCUUGUGAAACCCCGGUUGAGGAUAAGGGGAAGGAGAAGAAACAAACAGUGUCAUCACCUCAGACUAAAUCAAAGAGGUCCAAGUUAAAAGGAAAAAAAGCAGAAAAUGGACAAGAAGGGGCAUCAUCUGAGAAGCAAGGAUCACCGAAACUCUCCGGAAGCACCCCGGAGAAUUCCUCCGGGAAGAGUCGGAAGUCGUUACGCAAAGCGUGGUCCAACUCUGACCGCUCGCCCUCGAGGUCUCGCAUGAAAUCCCAGGGAGAGAACUCUGACAGUGAGGCGGAGAAUCAAAAUGCCAACGAGGCAGGGGAUUCGUCGACGGCAAGCAGCGCUAAGUCGAGAAAAGCAAAACUGAUGAAACAGUACGCUAACUGCAAAUCCAAGGUGUUUGUGAUGCAUAACAAAGCUCCCUUGUGGAAUGAGAAUACACAGGUUUAUCAACUGGACUUUGGCGGGAGAGUCACACAAGAAUCAGCUAAGAAUUUCCAAGUGGAGUUACAUGGAAAACAGAUCCAGGUGAUGCAGUUCGGCAAGAUAGAUGGCCAGGCCUACACCUUGGAUUUCCAGAGCCCCUUCUCGGCCAUCCAGGCCUUCGCUAUUGCUCUCGCAAACGUGACGCAGAGGCUGAAGUGAGGUGGCACUUGUGUGGAUGCCUUGGGUUUGCCCAUCUUCCAAAGGCUCUUGCAAUCUCACUGGAAGCCAGGACCUACUAGUGACAUGGACUAGGAACAUCAACCUCCGGCAGGCCUGUAUUGAGCCCAUCAUCCAUUACACAGGCCUCCGCAAUUACUCUUGCAGAAAAGUAAGAUGGCUUCACUGGAACAUUGGCGAGAUGACAAAAGCUUGGAAGAGCAAACUAUUGUGUGUUAACAAUGGUUUGACUCUCUAAACCUUUGUCUUAUCAGAAUGUUCCUCUCAGGCCCCCUGCAGUUUCCUCUGGAACUUUGGCCUACUAGUUAAACUCAGACCUCCAUUAGGUCCAUUCCUGACCUCAGUCAUUGGGUAUCCUAACCCAGGCAUGGGCCUACAUGUAUAACAUGAUAGCACUCAAAUCUUUCAUUAUCACUUGUGUAGAUAUGCAGGGCAUUAAUUUGUUAUCUUUAGGCCUUAGCAGUUCUUUGGAUGCGGCUCGAAGACCAAAACGUGAUGGGAUCAUCCUAAAUGUACAUGUAGCUUCAACCCUCAACCCUAGUGAAGUUUGGAUUUUAAUGCACUUGAGACCAUCCAGGCUUUCGGAAUACCUCAUGCAAGUGUGGUCAGUGGUGAAAGUGUUGCUGAUCACGCUUUCAUUGCUUGCAGAUGCAGUAGAGAGCGAGUGUCUCUGGUGAAGCACUUGAAUGUAGUCAUCACUGUCCAUAAAGAUAAGACAUCACUUGUAGAUGCCGAGGAAAAAAGGGUGCAAAAUGAAGGAAGGUGCCAGGAGAAGCAUGAGACUGCCAUUGACAAACAAAGUAAAUGUAGUUCAAAAGUUGACAUUAAGUGUAUACAGACUUGUCUUUUCAUAAGGCUGUUCUUGACUUAAAAGUAAUUUUAGAAAAGACUUGAAAAUAGAAAGCCAUGUGUUAUUCAUACAAUCUCUUUUAGGAUUCCAAGUGUUGCUACUGAUCGUUAUUGAAUCAUGGCAAAUGGAUAACCAGAAGAAAAAAAUGAUGAUAUUGAUAUUGAUUUAGUGCUUUCGACAAAAGUUUCAAAGUGCUGCUUAUGCAUAUACAAACGAAAGUGUGAAUUACUGUACAUGAGGAUAAUUACAUGUACCAAUACGUGAUAAGGUAUCACAUAUUUAUAAUUAUUUAUUUGAAUGGAAACACAUAAUACAUGAUUAAAUAAUCUAUAAAAUGACAAAACAUGUUUUAUCGUCUAAAAUCCUCUUGGAUGAUUGAACAUUGAUAAUAUGCCUUUGAUUGCCCAAAUGCUCAAGGGUGGUUUGUCACAAUCAUACUAUUUUUUUGAGGGAUUCAUGGUCUCCGCAGCCAUUAUAAUUUUGUUUCUUGCAGAGUUAUACAUUUUUUCCCCAAAAUCGUAAGCUCAGCCUUCAAAUACAUUUUAGGAGGUAUCGUACAAGGACAGUCUCUGUUCAAUUUCCAUGAAUAUUUCAAUGCAGCCUUGCUUGGUUGAAAUUUCUCGCAGUCUCCCCUAUAAUCCUUGUUCAGUAACUAUACAGUCUUCAAAAGCCUCUGUCAUCACUAACCCAUCUACGAUGCCCACUGCGUAAUAAUUGUAGACCACAGCCACCUAUGACGCGCCCCCUUGCCACCUUUGCCCCCCCCCCCAAUAAAGAGUAAAAUAAGGAAUUGUUUGAUGACAGCAGCAAAUGUAAACCAAGGACGAGUCAUCUCAAAAAUUUGGUAAAUGUUUACAUGUUACUUUUCCAUCUAACGCCUGUGCGUUCAAACAAAAACAUGAGAAUCGUUUGGCUUUCCUUACAUAAAGUCUUCUUUAAGGUUCUUUUUUAAGUUAAGAACAUGCUUAUGAAAUAUGGCCAAGGCUACAGAAUAAUGAUUAUAAUGAGCCAUUUUAGAGAAUAUAUACAUAUAUAUAUUAAUAUCAAUAGAAAGAUAAGUUGUUAAAUGAAGCACAAAUCACAAAUUCAUUCAAAACACUUGCCUGUGAAUUUGUAUCGGUGUAUGCUUGUAGUAGAAAUUAUAUUGUUUUUGGUGCUGAAGGAUUUAAUAGCUUACCAUGUGAUUGCCAUCUCUCUCUCUCUGUCAUACUUGCCUUUCAAUUUCUCCUGAAAUUCUAUCUAUAAAAAUAGAUUUAUGUUGUAUUAGUGGGAAUUUAUUGUCUCGGAAUGAUUAGAUAAGGUUGAAUAUAUAUAACCCAAUAAUAAUAAUAAUAAUAAUAAUGGCAAAAGGUGUUGUAUAGAUGUUUCAAAGCACACAGGUGGAUAGACUUAUAAUAAUAUUCAAUAAUUGGUUUAUAUGUUUGUAAUGACAAAAAUAAAUGAUAAUAAUACUUGUAUUCAGUUCUUGUAUUUAGCACAUUUUAAGUCUCUGAGCACUUCCAAAGAGACUUUGGAUAUCUACAAAAGUUAUACUAGAUUUUGCAGGUAGUCACUUGCAGUAUACAGAGAAAUUAAUAUGUGGGCCUACACACCAAAGUUUUAGCUCAUCAAAUUAUGAAUGCGAGGACUUUUGAAGAGUAGUUACAUUAUACAGAGAAAUUAAUAUGUGGGCCUACGCACCAAAGUUUUAGCUUGUCGUAUUGAGAGUGUGAGGACUUUUGAAGUGCAUUCACUUGCAGAAUACAGAGAAAUUAUGGUGUGGGCCUACACACCGAAAUUUGUGCUUGUCAUAUUGUGAAUGUGAGGACUUUUGAAGAGCAGAUCUUUGCAGUGGACCUGUUUAUACUAUUAUUAUUCUUCUUGAUUAGGAAAAAACAUGAGCAAACCAUCAAACCACUCAUCACCUUUCAGGACCGUCUCUUCUAACUAAAUUCAUGAUACAUGUAUGUAUCGUGCAAUGUUAUUGAUCAAUACGCAGUAGUGCACGUUCUAUUGGAAUGAUCUGACCAAUGCGGUGAUGUCCUCAAUACCACAUGCACAGAGGCAUGUAAGUGCGACUCUAUGUCGUGUGGAGUGUUGUGGCCCAGUGGAAUAGUCUCCGGACUGUGAAACAGAGGGUCGUUGGUUCGAAUCCCAGCCAUGGCGUAAUUUCCUUCAGCAAGAAAU